AGAUGUCAAGACGAAGUGUUCGUUUGCAAUCAUCUGGAUAUUACAACCCUGAUGGAACACCGAAUGUGUGUUAUAAAGAGACCAGAGUCAGGAAGUGGACAUACCGCCGCCGUUAUGGCCGCAAGGGAAACAACUCCGUUUCAGAAAUGGACAUCAGCUACUGCAGGAGCAGUAGCAGCAAUGGGGACAUGGUGAAAUACAAGCUGAAACAUUGUUUUUUCAGCAUCUUAUUUUUCGCCUUGAUUUAUGGAUUUGCCAGAAUUCUUGCUCCUCUGACGAUGGAACCUCCGGUUUCUUCACCCCCCACCAUAAACACAGUUUCUGUCCCAGGAUCUGAAAAUGAGGGAAAACAAAAACAGGAAAUGAAGGAUGUGCUGGUUGGCCUGCAGAAUAAGAUGGACUACCUUCUUCCAUCGGUAGAUUUGUUGCCCAACUUUGCACUGAAAUCACAAGGAGCAAAGGUUAUACACUGGAUGCCAUCGGCCAUACAUCCUGGCCAAAUACGAAGAUGCAGUGGGUUUGGAAUUCAACAGCCAUCGAUCCACCCAAGCAUUGUCAUUCAGGGGAGGACUCGCCUACACCCAGGAGAGUGCUGGGCCUUUGAAGGUUCUGAGGGACAUUUAGUCAUCGCCCUGUCCCACAAAGUUGUUAUCAGUCAAGUCACCUUGGGACACAUUCCUAAAAUGUUGUCCCCGACUGGUAACAUCUGGAGUGCUCCCAAGGAGUUUUCUGUUUAUGGAAUGAGGGAGCCCGAACAGGAAUGGACUCACCUGGGAACCUUUCUGUAUGAAAAUGACCAAAAUCCGCUUCAGACCUUUGCGCUACAGAGCCACAGAGGAGCGGCUUUUAGGUCCAUAAAGUUACAGAUCAGCAGCAACUGGGGCCAUCGGCAGUAUACCUGUCUGUAUAAUUUCAGAGUUCAUGGAAAGAUCGCCCAAGAAGAUAACAAAUAAAGGGUAGUAAGUAUAGACAGGUGCAGUGGAAUCAGACUGAAAA